GGAGCAAGCGCGGAACACUUACGUGAUAGAACAUGAUUAAAUACUAGAUCUCCCAACUACUGAGGAAUGGGAAGGUACAGGGAACACCGCUGCGUUGGUCUAGCCGCGUCAGCCUCCCAGUAUGUAUCACGGAUUCGGAAACUUCACAUGCGGCGAUGUUUACAGUGUUUUAUGAUACGUUUCGGCCUCCCCAGAGAGACCAGGCGGUGAGGUGUACGGCGCGUUGUUUCUUCCCAUUAUGUGCUGAUUUACCACAACUUCCACGACCUGGCAUAUCAGACCAGAGUACAGAGAACCCAUGGACAAGUGCAGAGAGGUUAGAUAGGGAAAUAUAAAGCAAUGGCGGCCUUGAGAACAGGAGUGGCCGGUGUGGUGGGACUGGCGGCCAGGAUGGGACGUCUCAGUGUGUCUGUGCCCUCCCAGGUAACCCGCCCCUCACUGCAUACCUCAUUUGUCACAGCCUUCAGUCACUUCAGGCUGACCCCAUGGUAUGCCUCACUCCACACCAGCAGCAGCCACAGGGGCCUCAUGGAGUUCUUUGAUAACGAGAAGAACUGGGGAGAGACUGAGGUGAAGGUGGGCAGGUCGUGGAGGAUUGAGGAGUUGAGGAUCAAGAGCAAUGAGGACCUGCACAAACUAUGGUUUGUGCUGCUGAAGGAGAAGAACAUGCUGCUCACCAUGGAGCAUGCCUGUGAAGAGGAGUACCAGGUGUUCCCUAAUCCUGAGAGAAUUGACAAGGUUGAGGAAAGCAUGAAGAACCUGGAAGAUGUGGUGAAGGAGAGGAAUCGAGCGUAUUGGCUGCUGGAGACUGGGGAAGAUGGAGAGCACCAUGGAGAAAUAGGAACUGAUUCCCUUGGCCGAAGAAGGUUCAUAAGGUACAGAGAGCACACAGUCCCUUACUGGUCAACUGGACGUCCCUGGAGGUCAAGGGAGACCCCAUCCAUUACAAAAUUUUCGCGCCUCAUGAGGGAAAAGAAAUUUUUGGAAAAGAGAAGAGCCUUACGUCGUAUCAGGGACCAUGUGUGUAUGUUGCUGCGUCGCUUCCCUCACAUGGACCUGGAUGUGCUGCAGAAGAAAUACCCUGAAGUGAAUGUGAAGGCUCUCAGGCACCAGAAGAGAUCCCUUGGCCACCAUGUACACAACAUUGCCUAGACAGCUUGUAUCCUGAGAAGUUAGUGUAUAGAAUUGUAGAAAAACUGAUACUGAAUGAUAAGGAGUGUCUUUUGUAGUUUAGUUUUACAAAGAGAGAAAAUUUUGGUUGAAUUCAUAUUAUUUAAAGAAAUCAUGUUCUUGUUUAGGAAAUUGGAAGGUGAAAGAUUUCCAUAACUCAUAUAGUGUAUAUUAUGUAUAAACUUAAUAAUAAACCAUGAACUUGAAAAUGAA